AUGAGUAGCAUUUCUGAGCUAAAGACCGAUGGUAUUGGAGGCCCUUUACAGGUUAGAAUACUACGCAAAUUGAAGCACGAUUUAAGGCGCUAUGAAACCUGGUAUCUAGCUGUCGAUAGAUUUGGGGAUGCCAUACAGAUUCUUGGUCAACGAACUAACCAGAGCUACAUCGAAUCUGCUCUCAACCUUUCGCAGUACUACACCGUAUCGGAUUAUAGCUGCCCCAUGUUAGACAAGUAUAAAAAAUUCCUACAAAAUGACUUAUAUAUUGAUGUUGGCCUUAUGUCUAUGAUAGAACAGAUUCCGGACACACUGACAAUACCGAAAAACUGGUUUCAUUUUGUCUCAAAGCCGCAACUCAUAGAACUUGGGGACACACCAUCUUAUUACCCAGGGGCUCUACGUCACGGUUCAUCACAUGCUACACAUGUCUAUGUCAACCCAGACAUACCAGAAACAACAUCACUUAUAAACCUAUAUACAGGUCCCUCAAGACCGAUGCCACCACUAGCAGGAAUACCGUCUACCCUACAUGACAUGAGAAAGAAAACCAGAUCUGAGCUGCUGGAUAAGAUGUUCCUGGUGCGUGCAUCAAUCAAAGACAUUGUCUUUCAAAACAGUUGGUACCAAACAACAUGCCCAAUCUGCAAAGAUCCCAUCUUUAGAAGGGGCGAAAAAUGGUUCUGUAGUGCACAUGGACAUAUUGACAAACCAAAAUACAUAUACAAAUUCUUUGUUAUCAUCACUGAUGCAACGGACACCAUACAAGAAGCCAUAUCAGAAACAUCGUGUUGCAAACUUCUCAGGUCACCUCUCGACAAAUUCAUAUCCAACAAUCCACUGACGAAUGGAAACAUCCCGCCCGUAAACAUAACCAACGAGAGAGGAAAUACAAAAACAAUGUCCAUCCAAAUGCUUAGAGCUUCAACUCCAGAAAACAUACGGUUCAUAAUAAUUGACCACGACACACUAACAACAAUGUCCUACACAUCAAUUCCAACAACACCAGCUCCAACCAGAAUGACAAGGGCACGACAAAACGACACAUCACCGGAAUCAUCUGCAGCCAAUCAAAACGUUGCACGUCCUCUAUCCUAUGACCUUACAGGUGCUACCCCAACAGACAGUCGAAAGCAGAUGAAGAAAUAA